CAGCACGUCAACUUUAGAAUUGAGCAUACGUACGUACUACUAUUGAAAUCAUUAGAUUUUAUGAAUCGCAUUGCUUAAAAUACGGAUAAAAACUGAGUCAAACGGAUCACGAUGGGCGAUGGACACAAAAUCGAGGACAUCAUCUGGACAAUCAAGAACGGCGUGUACGACGAGGUGGAGCGAAUUUUCCUAGCCGGAUCGCUUAAUGUGAACGAUCAGAUGGGCGUCCGGUUCCCCUUGCACUACGCCGCCGACUUUGGCCAGCUGAAGCUGCUGGAGUUCUUUGUGCGGAUCGGCGCGGAGGUGGACAGGAAGGACAAGUACGGCAUCACACCGCUCCUGGCGGCCAUAUGGGAGGGGCAUACACGCUGCGUCGAGUUCCUGCUCCGGAUGGGAGCCAGCCGCACGGAGCGCACGCCCGAGGGGCAGAGCUACGCGGAGGCCGCCGAGCAGGAGGACAUUAGACGGCUCCUGGCGCGGGACUGAGGUCCUUGGGGAUGUCCUCGUAACUCCUGACAGGGCAUCAUAUAUGGGAGAUCCACCUAUUGUACAUUUUGCAAAUUUUUAGUGUAACCUUUUGAUAGGUUCAUUUGCUAGCUGACUGAUUGUAAGCGAUGCAUCAGCAGCUCUUACAAUCUUGAAAACGAAUUUUCUUGGAAUUACAAGGUGGAUUUAUAUCGAG